AUGAUCCCGCAAUAUGGAAGUGGAAGUGGAAGUGGAAGUAGAAGUGCUAGCUCGAGCUCGAGUUUGAAUAGCAGUUUGCAGGAUACAGAGGAUGAUCAUACGAUUGCUACAAUAUUGGCAGAAGAAGAAAGAUUAAAAAAUGAUGGCAGACUCGGCAAGAGGCUUUCUCACUUGGAUUCGAUCCCGCACACGCCUCGGGUAAUUGGUGAUAUACCUGAUCCAAAUGAUGCAACCUUAGACCACGGGAGGCUUUCUGAUAGGAUGACAACAUAUGGACUAGCCGAAUUACAAAUCCAGGGAGAUGGGAAUUGCCAGUUUCGAGCCCUCGCAGAUCAGUUGUUACAGAAUCCCGACUACCACAAGUAUGUAAGAAAGCAGGUCGUCAAACAGUUAAAACAUCACAAAAAUCUCUAUGAAGGUUAUGUCCCCAUGAAGUACAGAAGCUAUGUGAAGAAGAUGAAAAAGCUGGGGGAGUGGGGAGAUCAUGUUACUCUACAAGCAGCUGCAGACAGAUUCGAAGCAAAAAUUUGUUUAGUCACCUCUUUUCGGGACUCGGGCUAUAUUGAAAUCCUUCCUAAGGACGGAAAUCCAUCUAGAGAGUUAUGGUUGAGCUUUUGGAGUGAAGUUCACUACAAUUCAUUGUAUCAAACUGGUGAGGUUCCUACAAGGGUAAACAGAAAAAAGCAUUGGCUUUUCUAA